UUAUUUUUUUGCUGAACUGAACCAUAAAUAUAGGAAUGAAAUGAAAGUGACAGUGUCUUGAAGAGCUGAAGAAGUCAAAGUUCUCUGUUCAGAAUCCAUUUUAGUUUACAAAUUUUUUUCACCGGAAGAGUGGUCAUAUGUUAGUGACAACAGCAAGAGCGCUUUCUGUUGAGUUCGCUUCAUAUGGCCCUAGGAAUCGAGAAGUUAAGAAGUUGGGGAUGUAUGGGGCAACAAUAGAUUAUUGUGCUAAUAAUUUUGUGGAGAACCUUGUCUUACUUGACAAACCAAAUGAUGCAGUUUCUCAAAGGGGAGUGACCCGGAAGAGGAAAGUUACACGGAAGAGGAAAUGCAGGUUCGAUUCUCACUGGACAAUUAGGUUCUUACAGCGUUUUCUGUGGUCGCGGUCCCUUCAAUCGGACCAAAUCAGUGCUGUGAACCCUUGGGGUUGUGGCCAGGAAGGCGUCAUCCUUAGCAGGUGGCAUUGGCAGAAAAGCUUGAAAUUGGGCUAGGAUUAGUAAUGUCAGACUAUCUCCCCGAUGAAGUGGUGCUGAAAAUACUGCACAGACUUCCCGUCAAAUCCCUAAUUCAAUUCAGGUGCGUUUCUAAAUCAUGGAACUCUUUAAUUACAACCCCUUCUUUCAUCAAU